GACACUCAGCUUUAUGUGACAUUCGUCGCGAGAGCGGACCACAAGCAGAAAACAAGCAAGAACAAUAAAAGCAGCAGCAGCAAAAGCAAAAGCAAAGACGACGACAACGAUCAAAGUUUAAGUUAAAGGCAAAAGUGAACAGCAAAGGCAAGAGCAAAAGCAAGACCUAAACGGUAAAAAGUUUUGCUGUGUUCCGUCGGCUUAAUGAAAUCAAUGACAAGUAAAACAACAACAAGAAAUAUUAGAUAUGAGCACGAAUAAAUACAAAACAACCAUACAAUUAAUUUGACACAAAUUAAUUUGCGUAACGGAACUGCUCAAUUAACACAAUUCACAAGCGACGCGCGUGCAAUAAAUAAACCAUCAAAAUAAUUUACAAAAUUUUCGUUCGCUCCUCUUUUUGCUCUGAUUGGUGUGUGAAAUAACAGCAACAAUAAUUGUAAUAGUAAUAGUAUUUACCUAAAGUGUUAAUUAACAAUCGCAAUGCACACUCAGGGGCAGCUCGUUUGAUUAGCAGCGACAACAGCAGCAACAACAACAACGCCUGGAAUAUGUUGUAUAAUGUACCGUGCUAUCAAAACUUUUCAACACUGGAUUACUACAAGGUUAAACGUCCCAAAACAGAGCAUUCGGAUACACAUGAACGCAAUCGUCUCUGCCAAAGCCAACAGCAACAACAACAACAACAACAGCAACACCAACAGCAGCAACACCAACAGCAGCAGCAGCAACAGCAACAACAGCAGCAGCAGCAGACACAUUCAAGCGCCGUGUUGGCCACCAGCAAUGGGCCCAGCAGUGCCGGCGCCAGCGUUGGCGUUGGCGUGGGCAUGGGCGUCGGUGUUGGUGUUGGCGUUGGAGUGGGCGGGGUUGGGCAGUGCAGUCCGCUGGGAUUGCCGCCGCAGAUACAGCCAUUGCAGCCGACAAUUGGCUCGCUGAGUGGCCAUUAUGCCAGCAACAGCAGCAGCAGUGGCAACACCAACAAUAACAACAACAACACAAAUACCAGCGGCAACAACAACAACAACAAUGGAAAUCCUAGUAGCUGCAGCCUGGCAGCUGGCAGCAGCUUCGCCCAGUCAUCGGGCAGCAGCUUCUCCACAUAUCAGCAGACCAGCGACGAGGUGGGCGUGGUCGGUGGCAUGGGCGUGGGCGUCGGCGUGCAUCCGGCCACGAUGUCGCACUGGACACACGACAGCGGCAGCAGCAUUGCGGCCGCCGUGAAGUCCGAGUCGCGCAGUCCUGGCGGCCAGGUGCAUGCCACAGCGCUGGACAAUGGCGUGGCAACAUCGGCUGCUGCCGUGGGCAGCGCUCAGCUGUACGGCUGCACGGAGAGCAGCAGCAGUGUGGCAGCCAGCUCGGCGGUGGCAGCCGCUGCGGCAGCUGUGUACGACAGCAAGCACGACUAUUACUACUACAACAGCAUGCAACAGUAUACGCCGCCGCCGUUCUACUCCGGCUACGGCACUCCGUAUGCGGCAGCCAGCUCGGCAGCGGCAGCGGCACGCAGCGCCAAAAUGGAGCCGGGUGCAGCAGCGGCUGCUGCGGCCUAUUUGACGCCCAGCUAUGCCAGUGGGGGCAACAACAACUCGCAGUUGUACAGCAAUCCCUAUGCGGGCUACAACAAUUUUGCUCAACAGGAUUACGGCGGCUACUACAACGAACAGUACGGGAACUAUUACAAUCCGGCCAACUAUUCGCCGUAUGCCGUGAGUUCGCCCAGCUCGAGUGCCAGCCAUGGUUUCCAUGUGGCCACCGCCUCGUCGAAUCUCUCCGAGAGUCCCACGGACACACACUCCACGACUCCGGUGCAUGCGGCAACGCAUUCACCGCACUCCCCGCUGCCGAUCUCAAUGUCCCCCAAUGCCACCUCGGUUGGCGGUGUCGUUAGCAACAAUGCGGCGGCCACAGCCUCGGCCACGCUCAAUUCGAGCGGUGGCAGCAGCGUGGGCACCGCUGGUUCGGCUACGGCCACCAAGACCACGCCCACCGGCAAGACGGGACGUGCGCGUGGGCGGCGUCAUCAGCAGCCGAGUCCGACGCGCAGCACUGCCUCGGAUACGGGCAACAGCGAGGCGGUGAAGCCGCCGGAGCGUGUGUUCAUCUGGGACCUGGACGAGACGCUGAUCAUCUUCCAUACGCUGCUGUCGGGCAGCUAUGCCAAUCGCUAUACCAAAGAUCACAGCACACUGAUGACCAUUGCGUUUCGCAUGGAGGAGAUGGUCUUCAACAUGGCCGACACGCACUUCUUUUUCAACGAGAUCGAGGAGUGCGAUCAGGUGCACAUCGAUGAUGUCAGCUCUGAUGAUAAUGGUCAGGAUCUGAGCACCUAUAACUUUGCCACAGAUGGCUUUCACACUGGCACACCGCCAGGUGCACCGCCCAAUCUUUGUCUGCCCACGGGAGUGCGUGGUGGUGUUGAUUGGAUGCGCAAACUGGCGUUUCGCUAUCGCAAGAUUAAGGACAUCUAUAACACGUAUAGGGGCAAUGUGGGCACUCUGCUGGGACCUGGCAAGCGGGAUGCCUGGCUGCAGAUACGCUCGGAGAUCGAGGUGGCCACCGAUAAUUGGGCCACCUUGGCGCUCAAGUGUCUAAGCAUGAUUGCACAGCGCGAGAACUGCAUCAAUGUGUUGGUCACCUCGACGCAACUGGCGCCAGCAUUGGCCAAAGUUCUGCUCUUUGGCUUGGGCAGCAUCUUUAACAUCGAGAAUAUCUACAGCGCCCACAAAAUUGGUCAGGAAACCUGCUAUGAACGCAUUGUGACCCGUUUUGGUAGGAAGAGCACCUACGUUGUCAUUGGCGAUGGCGCCGAGGAAGAGUCAGCUGCCAAGGCCAUGAACUUCCCCUUCUGGCGCAUCUCCGCCCACAGCGAUAUUCGUGCCCUUUACACUGCCCUCGACAUGGGUUUCUUAUGAAAGGCUUAUGGCGUUUAAAAACGCUAGCGUUUCGGGCGCGUUUUUCGUACAGUUUUGAGUACAAAAGCAAGAAAACAGCAAAAAAAAAAAAAAAAAAAAAAAAUACUAAUGGAAAUGAAAAAAAUAUAUAUACAAUUAUAAUUUAUUUAUGCCUGUGUGCGUGUGUGUGUGAA